CCGUGUUGUAACCCGGCUGUAAACUGUGACACACCGAGGGACACGGUGUGGGGUGUAGUUGAUCAGCUUCCAAAACUCUGACCUAACUUACAGCUACAAUGGAAGACCGAGAGCUAGACCUGACAGACGCACAGAAAGCUGUCAAAUCUAAAUACCCUCCGAUCAACAAGAAAUAUGAAUACUUGGAUCACACAGCAGAUGUACAAAUCCACUCCUGGGGAGACUCUUUAGAAGAAGCCUUUGAGCAGUGUGCGAUGGGAAUGUUUGGCUACAUGACCGACACAGAAACAGUGGAGCCACUUGAUACCGUUGAAGUGGAAUCAGAGGGUGAAGACAUGGAGUCUCUUCUCUUCCACUUCCUAGAUGACUGGUUAUAUAAGUUUUGUGCAGAUCUUUUCUUUGUUCCCAGGGAGGUCAAAGUUUUGCACAUUGAUAGAAUGCGGUUCAAGAUUCGCUCCAUUGGGUGGGGUGAAGAAUUCUCUGUGGAAAAGCAUCCACAGGGAACUGAGGUGAAAGCCAUCACAUACUCUGCAAUGCAGAUCCACGAUAAAGAAAAACCAGAAAUAUUUGCCAUUGUUGAUAUCUGACGAUACCUUCAGAGACAGAUCACACUCCUAGUUCGAUGGAACUGGAAAAUCUGCACGGCCAGUUUAAGUGGCCUUUUUAUCGUAAGGCACUGAUUACUGACAAGUGAAUUUUGCUUUUCUAUUUGUUGAAUGAACUGUUUACUAUCUAGCUGUCUGGUUGAUUACAGAUUACUUAAAUGACAUUGACGUGUCACAAGAUGCAUCAUGUCAAAAAUAAAUGAGACUUUUUGUAAUGGGAAUGAUGGGAAAUAUAUCGCAUUGAAAUAAUUCACCUGUUUACUUUCAGCCAUUAUUAAGAAAGAAAAACACAGAUUUAAAAUGAUGCUGGUGUUUUUUUAGCACAUUUGUCGGCCCAGUUUAACACGUUUUCUGCUAUUAUUUAUGAAAAAACUGUUGAUGCUUUAUAAAUCAUUGUAAAUAAAUCAACAAAUGUUUUGUU